AUGGGCAUGGCCGGUGGCAUGUCCGGAGGCGGCGCGCCGAACCCGUCGCUGCUCAACAACUACCCGCUUCGUAAGCACAAGUACAACGAGGUCCUGUCCAAUCUCCGCACCGUCAUGAUUGAGAAGAUGGUCCGUCCUGAGGAGGUCCUUAUUGUCGAGAACGAUGAGGGAGAAAUCGUCCGCGAGUUCGUCAAGGAGAGCGACACAGUCCAGCUUUACAAGACCAUCAGAGAGUGCUUGGUGUACCUGACGCACUUAGACGUUGUGGACACCGAGAACAUCAUGACGGAGAAGCUCGCCCGGCAGGUCGAUGGCAGCGAGUGGUCAUGGCACAACUGCAACGUUCUUUGCUGGGCCAUUGGUUCGAUUUCCCUGGCCAUGAACGAGGAGACUGAGAAGAGAUUCCUGGUCACUGUCAUUAAGGAUCUUUUGGGCCUCACCGAGAUGAAGCGUGGCAAGGACAACAAGGCCGUCGUCGCCUCCAACAUCAUGUAUAUUGUUGGACAAUACCCCCGGUUUUUGAAGGCACACUGGAAGUUCCUCAAGACUGUCGUCAACAAGCUCUUCGAGUUCAUGCACGAGUCGCACGAGGGUGUCCAGGACAUGGCUUGCGAUACCUUCAUCAAGAUCGCGAGACAGUGCCGUCGUCACUUCGUUGCUCUGCAGCCCAGCGAGCAGGAACCCUUCAUUGAGGAGAUAGUUCGCAACAUGCACAAGAUCACCUGCGAUCUCUCGCCUCAGCAAGUGCACACUUUCUACGAGGCCUGCGGUUACAUGGUGGCUGCCCAGGGCAACAAGCACCAGCAGGAGCGUCUGCUCAGCGAUCUGAUGGCCAUUCCGAACGCGGCGUGGGAUGAGAUUAUCAAGCAGGCCCGGGUCAACCCCGUCAUUCUUCAAGAUGCCGAGACGAUCAAGGUCAUUGGCAACAUCAUGAAGACGAACGUCUCCGCUUGCACAUCCAUCGGCCCGUACUUUUACCCCCAGAUUGGUCGUAUCUUCCUCGAUAUGCUCCAGAUGUACCGUGCUACCAGUGAACUGAUUUCCGAGGCUGUCCAAAAGCAGGGCGAGAUCGCUACCAAGAUGCCGCACGUCCGUGGACUGCGUACCAUCAAGAAGGAGAUUCUCAAGCUCGUUGAGACGUACGUUGAGAAGGCCGAGGAUCUGCAAUCUGUGCGCCAACAGAUGGUACCGCCCCUGCUUGAGUCCAUCCUGAUCGACUACAACCGCAACGUGCCAGGAGCUCGUGACGCCGAAGUCCUCAAGGCUAUGUCCGCGAUUAUCACCAAGCUGUCCACUUUGAUGGAGGACCAGGUCCCGAACAUCAUGGAGAACGUCUUCGAGUGCACUCUUGACAUGAUCAACAAGGACUUCUCUGAAUUCCCUGAGCACCGUGUCGAGUUCUUCAACCUUCUUCGCGCGAUCAACCUCCACUGCUUCCCGGCGCUGUUGAAGCUGGAUAACCGCCAGUUCAAGUUCGUCAUCGACUCGUGCUCAUGGGCAUUCAAGCAUGACAACCGCGAUGUGGAGGCCGCCGGACUUAACAUGUGCUUGGAGCUCAUCAACAACAUUGCGGAGAAGACUGAUGUGCAGACGGCCAACGCCUUCUUCCAGCAGUUCUUCAUCACCAUCCUGCAGGACGUCUUCUUCGUUCUCACUGAUAAUGACCACAAGGCGGGUUUCAAGACUCAGUCUAUGGUUUUGAUGAGGAUGUUCUACUUCGUGGAACCUGCCGACGGAAGCGCGGCGAAGAUCCAGGGUCCGAUUUACAGCCCCGACCAGGCGGCGGCUGGCACCUCCAACAAGGAGUUCCUCGCUAACUUCGUGGCUAACCUGCUUCGUGGUGCCUUCCCCAAUCUGCAACCCGCUCAAAUCCAGACCUUUGUUGAGGGCCUGUUCUCAUUGAACACUCAGUACGACAAGUUCCGUCUCAACCUGCGUGACUUCCUCAUCUCCCUAAAGGAGUUCGCUGGCGACAAUGCGGAACUGUUCCAGGUUGAGAAGGAGCAGCAGGAGCGGGACGCCAAGGCGGCGGACCUCGAGCGCCGUGGCAAGGUCGGCGGUCUGCUGAAGCCCUCUGAGCUGGAGGAUGACGAGUUGUGA